GCCCAAGACCAUUCGUCUCCUCCUGUCAGAAUGGGAUUCAGUUCAGGGAUAGAAGAAGGCAAAGAGCACAGCUAUUUUGGAGUCAUGGAAGAUGGCAAAAUCACUCAAAUGUCCGAGAACAGCACUGACACCUCCAGCUUGCCUUCUUCACAGUCUUCACAGUCGUCUUCCUACAUACCUGUCAAACUAGAAGAAUACGAAACACCAGGCUUCAGCAUCAAGAAGCUUCUCACAAAAGCCAAAGAGAAUUACAAUUGCAACCAACGAAGUGUCUUCAACUUCUUUCGACAGUUGUUCCCAGUAAUUGAGUGGCUUCCUCGUUACAACAUCAAGGAACAACUGCUGGGAGAUGUCAUCUCCGGCGUGUUGGUAGGAGUUGUUUCCAUCCCUCAAUCAAUCUCUUAUGCCCUCCUUGCAAGCCAGGAUCCCAUUUAUGGUCUCUACACCAACUUCUUUUGUGCUAUUAUCUACUUUGCCAUGGCUACCUCGCGCCAUAAUUGUGUUGGUUCUUUUGGGGUCCUUUGCUUGAUGAUUGGGCAGACAGUAAACCGGCAACUUACUCUAGCAGGGUAUGAUUUGGACAUGGAUACAAAUCUGAUGGCCAAUACCACUAUGAAUGGGACAGUUGCCUGCAACAGAGGUUGUUAUGCAAUCACAGUGGCAACCACUCUAACGUUUUUGGUUGGGAUUUAUCAGAUUAUUCUAGGGGUCCUCCAGCUUGGCUUCAUCUCAGUUUAUCUCUCAGAACCUCUUUUGAGUGGAUUUGUAACAGGGUCCUCCCUUACCAUUCUCACGUCCCAAAUAAAUCUUCUGUUUGGACUGAAGCUCCCUCGGCGUGAUGGAAUGGGUACCCUCAUUUUAACAUGGAUCGACAUCUUCACAUACAUUGGGAAGACCAACAUCUGUGAUUUGGUCACCAGCCUGGUGGCUUUAAUUCUAAUUGUGCCAGUAAAAGAAAUCAACAAUUAUUUUAAGGACAAAAUGAAGGCUCCAUUUCCUAUGGAACUCCUAGUGGUAAUUGGAGCUACACUCCUGUCACACUUCCUUAACUUCAACAAAAAAUACAAAUCUAAAAUUUGUGGCACAAUUCCCAUUGGUUUCAAACAACCUGCUGUCCCAGAUCUGAGCCUUGUGUCAAAUCUGGCAGUUGAUGCUCUACCCAUUGCCAUUAUUGGUUUUGCUAUGACAGUUUCACUGUCAGAAAUAUUUGGAAAGAAGCAUGGUUAUCCUGUCCGAGCCAACCAAGAGAUGAUUGCCCUUGGGAUGGGAAAUCUGAUCCCAUCUUUCUUCUACUGCUUUGCUUCCUGUGCAGCCUUAUCAAAGACUUUGCUGAAAGAAUCAACGGGAUGCCAUACUCAAAUAUCAAGCUUGAUAUCUUCGGCUGCACUGCUCCUGGUACUAUUGUGGAUUGCGCCUCUCUUCUAUUCACUGCAAACUUGCAUCUUGGGUGUUAUUACAAUUGUUAAUCUCAGGGGAGGAUUGCGGAAAUUUGCUGAAGUACCCAAGAUGUGGCAGAUCAGCAAAAUAGACACCAUAGUCUGGUGUGUAACCAUGCUGUCCUCAUCUCUGAUCUCCACAGAAAUGGGCCUUCUGAUAGGAGUCUGCUUUGCUCUUCUCUGCAUCAUCUUCCGCACCCAACGGCCCCGAGCCACCCUUCUAGGUAAGGUGAAUGACUCAGAAAUCUAUGAGGAUCAGUUGACUUACAAGAAGAUCACUAGCAUUGCAAAUAUCAAGAUCUUCCGCUUUGAUACUUCUCUUUACUAUGCAAACAAAGACUACUUUAAAAAUUCACUUUUCCAGAAAACAGAGGUGAAUCCAUGCCUAGUUGCUGCUAUACAACAAAAAGCUGAAGCUAAAGCAAACCUGAGCAAAAAUCAAAGUUGUUUUUCUUCCAAGUUGAACUGCCUAAAGGGAACCAAGACCCCAAAGGCUUCAGCAGGUGGUCCCGAUGCUUCGAUAGAUAUGCAUACCUUGAUCAUCGACUGUGGAGCCAUGCAAUUUAUAGACAGUGUAGGCCUCAGUUUGCUGAAGGAGAUGCGCCAAGAUUACAAGAAGAUUGGCAUACAGGUCCUGCUGGCCAAUUGUAACCCAUCCAUACGGCGUUUGCUCCAGGCAGGAGGCUGGCCCACUGGGAUGCAGGAUCCAGAGUUGGUCUCAUUCCAUGGUAUACAUGCUGCUGUGCAGUUUGCAGAGAAACAGGAUCAAACUCAACAGUCGGACAGUGUGGUGGCAACAAAUGCUUUCGUACCAGAAACCGAGGACGUUUCAAUAGCCUUGAGUCUGGAAGAACCUCUCUAGGCUGUCUGAAGCAGGAUGUGAACUUUUGAGGAACUGUUUCAAGAAUUAUUUUACCAAGAAGAAAGGACUGGCUUCCAAUAACCUAAGAUCAGAUGCAUUUAAGUUGUGACAGGCUAAAAUGGUGGCCUUUACAUUCCAGAGAAUAAUUAUGCUCUGUUAUUACAUUACCACAUUGUCCCUGCUAUGGAGAUAAAAUGAUGUGGGAAAAGCUGCUUAAUUUCUUUAGUUAAGCAACUGUUAAAGGGAAAGAAAGGAAGAUCUUCAAAGUAGGAGCAUAAUUAUAUUUUAAUCCUGCAUGAAGUUGGACCAGUAUUUAAUCAACAAAAUAAUCAGGAAUACAUAGACAGGUUGGGAAUCAUGAAGUAAUGAGUCUGACCUACAUAUGUAGCUGGAGAAAGUCAGGGUCUGAACUGAUAGUACAGCUUUAUAGUCUUUCAAUGGCUGUGCCAAUUUAAGAAGACGCUCCCUACAAAUUAUGCCUUGCUUUACUACCUUAUAGAUUAUCUACAAGAAAAAGAAAUGGUAGGAGAUAGAGAACAUAAGCCCGAUAGAGAAUAGACAACUGGCACCUACCAGAAUUAAGGACUACAAGUCCCAUCAAUCCUAGCCCUUAAGAGUGGUCAGGUAUGAUAGAUCCGUUGCAUCUGAAGAACGACAGAUUGCCUACCCAUGCUUUAAAAAUAGCUGAUCACAGUGAAAGUAAGCAAUUGUUCAUUCAUUUUACAAGACUAAACAUUGUUAUCACUAUAUCUGUGCUCAGGAAGGGAACAUGUCUUUAGUUGUAUUAUAUCAUAACAAUUCAGCCCAUUGGUUUUCCUAGAGAGGCACCCUCUUAUCUGACCAAUCUGGGUUUGCUAAACUGUCGAGCAAAGAGGAAACUCUUAGCAGAAAUCCUUUAACUGGCACCAACAAGCUGAAGCUGUUCUUGAAUAGAUAGCAGAAGAGAGUCAGAAGGGAAGGGAAAAGUUGGUAUUUGUUCAGAAAGGAAAUGCAAAAUAAUAUAGCUUUGGCCCCAGGAAAAGAAUAUUCUAUUGGACAGAAUAUUAUAUCAUCUUAUAGAUAGAUAAGCUCUUAAGGUGAUCCUAAGAAUGCAGCAGGCUUUAAAUGGCUUUGGAAAAUGACUUGCAUAAAAAUGCUUUCCCUUCUUUCUGUCACCUCUCUAAAGAUUGCCUUAGUUGCUCAACAAUGGCCAUUUCCUCUUAAAGGAAAAAAAAAGGGGCUGCAUAAAAGUGGUGGGAAGGAUGUCAAUCUCCCUCCUUGUUGCCCUCUGUAGAACCUCCAACCUGUCUGCUCUCCUGCAGGUCACGCAUUACAAAAAGUGAUCUAGGAGCAGCCGGAUGUCCUGCACUUGAUGUGCAGCAUUGUAACACAUUGAAACCUGAGCUUUAGGUUUAGGAAAAAUGUGUGCAGAAACAGCACAGGAGACAUUAACAACAAGAUGGGGCUCUUUGCCAGGAAAGAGAACUGAAGAAAUUAAUAAGAGCCGAGGUGGCGCAGUGGUUAGGGUGCAGUACUGCAGGCCACUUCAGCUAACUGUUAUCUGCAGUUCA